AUGGAUGAAUCAAGAGCGACAGGAGUCUCCCUCCAGGAGCUAAACAGAGCCGGUCUCGAAGAAAGACCUCGAGCAGCUCAGAAUGACGUCUCCGCCAACGCCUCAGACUCAGACAUCAUGCAGCAGUCCCUACUGGCAGACUCCCAAGUCCCCGACGGCGGCGAAGCCUGGGUCGUCAUCUCCGGCUGUGCAGUGGUGACCUGGUGGUUCAUUGGAACUAGUUACUGCUGGGGAAUCCUGCAAGCGGCACUUGUCAAAGAGGGCGUUUCGUCAUCUUCCACGCUAGCAUUCGUCGGCUCUUUGGCAACGGCCUGUAUCUCAUUCCUGGGAAUUUUGAACGCGCGUGUAAUUAGAAAGUUGGGAACGAGGUACUCUGCAAUGGCGGGUAUUUUCUUUCUCGGUCUGGGUGAGGUGCUUAGUGGGUUCUCGGCGAUGAGUAUUGGGGGGUUAUUCGCGACUGCGGGUGUUGUGAUGGGUAUUGGGAUCAGUCUUUGUUUCAUGGUCGUCUCUGUGACGCCGGCCCAAUACUUCCGAGCCAAGCGCGGGAUAGCUAAUGGUAUUGUGUAUGCGGCUGGAGGACUUGGCGGUGCAGUCAUUAGCUUUGUGAUGAACGCACUGCUUGAUCGUGUCGGCGUUCAGUGGACUUUCCGCAUUAUCGGAUUCGCUACCUGGGGCACGGGCUUGCCGGCUGCAUACCUGAUCAAGCAGCGGGUUCCUAUUCCUCCUUCAGCGGUUGUGGAUUGGCGCUUAUUCCGCGACAUCCGCUUCGUGCUCCUCUUUGCAAUGGGCGCCAUCGCAACAUUCCCUCUUUUGGUCCCGCCGUUCUUCUUGCCACUUUUCACAGCAUCGCUGGGAAUGUCAUCUGGUACUGGAGCAGGUGUUGUUGCGGCAUUCAAUUUCUCUUCUGCGCUGGGCAGAUUGCUAUGUGGACUUUGCAGUGAUUUUGUCGGGCCGUUGAACACACUGUUCAUUUCGCUGUUGCUGAGUGCGCUUAGCAUGCUGAUUAUAUGGCCCAUCUCCACUUCUUUAGGGCCCCUGAUCGUGUUUGUGAUUGUCAAUGGUAUGGCAAAUGGUGGUUUCUUUUCGACUAUGCCAACUGUUGUGGGCAAUACGUUUGGAUCGGCGAGAGUGUCUGUUGUCAUGGGUAUGGUUGUUACGGGCUGGGCAGGAGGAUAUUUGCUUGGUGCACCUAUUGCCGGGUUCAUCCUCAAUGCGGCUGGUGGAGAGAACAAUGGCAUCACCAGCUAUCGUCCGGCUAUUUUCUAUGCUGGCGCGAUGACUAUUGUUGCUGCUCUGAUUGGGCUGUCUAUACGGUUGAAGACCGAUAAACAUCUGCUCAAGAAGCUUUAA